AGAGAUCUUUGUGAUAAUCCCAAGACAGAACCAAGAGUAAAAGACCUGUCUGUUUAUUACAUUUGUUGUCGGAGAAUCUUGUAGGCAUGGCUUCAGGAGGAUCAAAGUCGGCAGCUUUCAUGCUUCUGCUGCUGAAUCUUGGUCUUUAUUUCGUUGUCACCGUCAUCGCUUCUUGGGCUGUUAAUCACGGCAUCGAGAGAACUCGCGAGUCCGCGUCGACGCUGUCUCUUCCGGCGAAGAUCUUCCCGAUAUACUUCCCCGUGGGGAACAUGGCGACUGGUUUUUUCGUAAUAUUCACGUUGAUCGCCGGCGUCGUCGGAAUGGCCACAUCACUCACCGGAAUCAUGAACGUUCUUCAGUGGGACUCUCCGAAUCUUCACUCUGCCGCCGCUUCUUCUCUCAUCUCUUGGUCUCUCACUCUCCUCGCCAUGGGAUUGGCAUGUAAAGAGAUCAACAUAGGCUGGACCGAAGCUAAUCUAAGAACUCUUGAAGUUUUGACAAUAAUUGUGAGUGCUACUCAGUUGGUGUGCACCGGAGCUAUUCACGUUGGGGUUGGAGAAACUGUGGCUGGAGAAAGGCCUCACGUUGGGAGAGUUUGAGUUUCCAAAGAUUAUAUAUUAUGCAUUUGUUUAAGUAAGAUGGUGUAAUUGUGUGUUUGUGUUUUGUAUGUUGUUGAUUGAUUUAUUCUUUUGCUAUUAUUUUAUGUACCAUGAUUAUGAAUGUUACUAUUAUGUCAAUCAAGUAGAAUGAAAGAUGAUAAAUUAAAUAA